AGUACUGGCAACGACAAAGUGGCCAAAACAAAUGGCUAACUGAAGAAAACACCAUCAAUGAUGCGGAAUGGCUGGAUAGGAGAAGUCUAUUUGAAGGCGAAGCGGUACUUCACAAGUUCAGCAGUUGGCCAACGCGGAGUAUGUAAGUGUUUACUGCCACUGCGACAUUUUGUGGCAAACUACUUGACGCAUAGUUAUGCAGUUGUCUUGUCAUUUAUGGUGGCAGUUUUGCAGGAGGUGGUGGCGGUCUGCCGUGUAGUUGCCAUCGUAGCUACUAAGGUAAUGGUCGCUUGCUUGGCUGCUGGUCUGCUUAAUGUUUGUUAUGUUUUCGUUGACAAUUUGCUACCGAUUUUCCUUCAAUUGCUGAAUGUUGAUUGUGGCUUUCCACUGUGGCAUGUUGCUACAUAUUCGUAUGUUGAAUAGUGAAGAAUGCUGUUAUGAUUUCUAUCGAAUCGACCUUCAAGUUGACAUGAGUGAAGAAAUUGUAACAUCUUUUGCGUCGGGCAGGGCAAAAUCUGCCGUACAGUUAAUUUGCUGCAGAGAACUGAUCAAGAGUUACGGUAGUACUUCUUUACUGCGGUCUAAUAUACUUUUUC